GCAAACGCUUUCAUGGCUCUAAUUCAAUACAUAAUCCUAUUAUUUGUUGAUUUUUAACGUUGGUUUAAUAAGUCCUGUUCUUAUUCGGAUGUUUUGUUCUUGUGUUUCAAAUGUCUUUACAGAAUUAUGGGUUCUGAUAGGGAUAAGGCUAUGAUGCUAUUGUUACGGAGAUUCACAUGUGUAGUGUGCCACUGUUUUGGCUUUUUCUGUAUUGUUCUCUUUCUUAGGUUGAAGAUAGGCACUGCAUUGUUUUCUAUUUCUUUUUCUUUUACAAUGCAAUUGCCAUGAGAUAAAGCUAAAGAACAUUGAAGGUGUCUUCAUAAAUCAGAAUCAAAAUUCAAUAUUUUCACAAUAAAAUUCCAUAAGUAAUCUGGGAUUGUGGGGGGCUUCAAAAUUGGAUCCUGUCAUGCUGCUCAUGCACUGAUGUUGAUCUUUUGUGAGUCAUAUUCUGAGUUCUUAAAUUAGAACAAAUUGAUGCUUUGCUUGGGAGAGUUAUUCCUAAUUCCUACAUGGAAGUUUUGUCUAAGUUCUUGGGUGGCACUCUGAAAUCAACAGCAAGCAAAUGUAUGGUUCUGUUUGUCACUGUUUUGAUCCUUAGAGUAUUGUUCCCUCCUUCCUUCCCUGGCUUUGAUGGAUUUGAAUGGAGCAACUUUGUAUAUAUCAACAGCCAUUCUGAAUUGGGAAUUCGGCAAGAUAAGUUUUUGGCGGUUCCCCAGCUCGUGUGGGGACUAAACAACCAGAAGAUUGCAUUUGCAAGAGCAUGCCUCACUGCUAGAAUGCUGAAUCGAACCCUUUUGAUGCCUAGCUUCAGUGCCUCCCUGUUUUACAAAGAAAUUGACCUCCUGCAACCCAUUUCCUUUGAUAAAGUGUUCCAAUUUGAUAAGUUUAACACGCUUUGCCGUGGUUUUGUUCGGUUGGGUUACUACUCAGAUGUCUUGAAUAGAACAGAAGUGCUUGAAAUGCAGAAAGGGAGUGGAAGGAGGUGGACAUUGGAGAGAGACUUAUCACAAUUGAAGGAGUAUAGCAUAGGCUCAUUUGAUGACUAUGAGGUAAUCCGGAUUGUAGGGAAAAACCCGUUCAUGUGGCACGAUCAUUGGCAUGUGAAGGACUAUGCAAGGGUUUUUGAGUGUUUAGAAGUUAUAGAUGAGAUUGCUCAAGAAGCUGAUAGAGUUGUGUCUAGGAUUAGAGAAGUUGGAAAAGAGGUAAUAGGAAAAACUGAAUCAGAGGAAUUGAAAAAGAGUAUCACCUCUGAUAGUUCAUCAUUUCAGCCUCUUCCAUAUGUUUCUGUCCACAUGAGGAUAGAAAUUGAUUGGAUGAUUCACUGCAAGAAGCUAGAGCAGAGAUUGAACACAAAUCAAAUCUGCAGUAGCAAGAAAGAGAUCAUGGAAAGAGUUAAAAACAUUGUUGGUUUGAAGACUCCGAUUGUUGUUUAUCUUGCAGUUGCUGAUAAACUCCUUAACACUUCUUCCAUAAUGGAAGGUUGGGGAGAUGGGUUUCUUCCUUUUGAGAAGAAGAAACUUGCUGUAGAUGGAAUUUAUAAGAAGUAUCCAUAUCUAAUUCAAUCCGCAAUCGAUUACGAAGUGUGCUUGCGGGCCGAUAUCUUUGUGGGAAACAGUUUCUCUACAUUUUCAAGUCUUAUAGUUCUUGAAAGAACACAGAAGAUGAUCAGAACCAGUGUGACCAGCAUGUGUGGAACUGAUGUAAGAUGGCCUUCUUAUGCUUACAAUCUAGCAGGAGAAUCAAAUGGUCCAAUGAGAUGGAUUACAAAUAUGUCUGAUUCAAGUCUUCAAGCAAUUAGCUAUGGCACCAAUCAUAUCUCUUCUUGCAAGGACCAUAUUUUAAUUUAAUCCCUGUUGCUAAUAUCAAAAGUCAAAUUAAGACUAGUUUAAGAGGCCCCUUCUCUAAUGUCUCAACACUUUCACUUAUGAAGUUUGAUUAGCACACUCCCAAAAAAAGAAAAAGUAGAUAUUAAAUUGGAAUAUAGCUGUUCUGUUUUCACUGAGGUAUAGUGUCUUGUUAUGUAAAUUUUAACAACUUACUUUGAAGUGGUUUUCUGAGAUGUAUUGAAUGU